UUUUGGAGUAUUUUUUUCCGAGACAGACAGCGGCUGGCGGCGCCAUAUUGAAAGAAGAAAAUUGUCCCAUAAAACGCUUAAAACGUCAAAUUUGCAGCCAUGUUGUACCUGGAAGAUUACCUCGAGAUGAUCGAGCAGCUUCCCAUGGAUCUCCGCGACAGGUUUACGGAAAUGAGAGAGAUGGACCUCCAGGUUCAGAAUGCUACGGAUCAGCUGGAGCAGAAAGUGAUAGAGUUUUUUGCUAACGCAAAGAAGAACAAACCUGAGUGGAGGGAGGAGCAAAUGGAGGUCAUUAAAAAGGAUUAUUACAAAGCUUUAGAGGAUGCAGACGAGAAAGUUCAGCUGGCCAAUCAGAUCUAUGACCUGGUGGACCGUCACCUGCGUAAACUGGACCAGGAGCUCGCUAAGUUUAAGAUGGAGCUGGAGGCCGACAACGCCGGCAUCACAGAGAUCCUUGAGAGACGAUCUUUAGAGAUGGACAGUCCGUCUCAGCCGGUUAAUAACCAUCACGUCCACUCUCACGCUCAGGCAGAGAAGAGGAAGUACAGCGCUCCGACUCAUCACACUACAGAACACGUUCCAGAGAAAAAGUUCAAAUCUGAAGCUCUGCUGUCCACGCUGACGUCAGACGCCUCUAAGGAGAACACGCCAGGCUGCCGUACCAACAGUACGUCCUCGUCCACAAACAGCGUAUACAGUGUAAACUCUUCCCAGCCUCUGCCCUCCUACAACCUGAGCUCUCUACCGGCGGGGCCCGGGGCUGGAGCCGGGGCAAUCACCAUGGCUGCAGCUCAGGCUGUGCAGGCCACAGCACAGAUGAAGGACGGUCGCAGGACGUCCAGUCUCAAAGCGAGCUACGAGGCGAUCAAAAACAACGAUUUCCAGCUCGGCAGAGAGUUCAGUCUGUCCAGAGAAAACUCCGGAUACUCAUCAUCUGCCCUCGCCUCCACCCUCACACAGACCCUCACCCCCACCACCGCCUCUGACUCCAGGGGCCGCAAGUCCAAAAGCAGCAUCAAGUCUUCCAACCAUCAGUCAUCGUCAUCAUCCUCCUCCUCCUCUCUCUCCUCCUGCUCUUCAUCUUCAGCGCUGGCUCAGGAACUUUCCCAGCAGGUCUCAGUGCUGCCUGAGGCUGAAGCCAACAGCCAAGUGGACUGGACUUAUGACCCCAACGAGCCCAGAUACUGCAUCUGUAACCAGGUGUCUUACGGAGAAAUGGUGGGCUGUGAUAACACAGAUUGUCCAAUCGAGUGGUUUCACUACGGCUGUGUGGGUCUCACCGAGGCUCCUAAAGGGAAGUGGUUCUGUCCUCAGUGCACGGCUGCCAUGAAGAGGAGGGGCAGCCGACACAAAUAGACUCCGCCCACCACUUGUCUGUGUGCGUAUUUGUCGGCCGUGUUGGAUUUUAAAAACACACCCACCGACUCAUCAGGCUGCUGUGACGUCACUGAGGUUUCAUAAAAAAUGCACCAACAGAAACAAUGUGAAGGGUUAAACACUCUGAGGUUGUAAUCCAUAGAUAUAAUCUCAUUACUCACAGAGAUUCAUCUUUAUUCACCUAAAACAUGUGAGCUAUGCUCCCAGUCCAAAUGUUUUUUUCUUUAACAGACUUGACUAAAGUUGAGUCAGGUUGAUUAUGAGUUGAAGCUCAGAUGUUCUUGUCCGGUUUCUCCAACAAGAAUCAUAUCACCAAAAAAAAAAUCUCAAACAUGAAAUGCAGAAUCAACUCUGUGCUGUUUAAUUAAGUUGCGUUAUUUACAACUUGAUUCAGAAGACAGGUCUGUCUCUGAUGAAAGGUUCCUGAAGACAAUUCCUAAACACGACUAAAAACGCCAGAGACAUCAAGAAGAAAUAGAAAGAGAAGAAGUGUUUUUGAUUUUCAGAGUCUGUGUCGGCUGACUGAAGAUCUCAUGCAGCUUACCCGUUGUUUUAAAGUGAAAAUAAUCUCUCGGUCAUUUCCGCAAGGCCAUACUCCCCUACAUGUUGGAAUUUUAAAGAAAACUACAAAUGAUCUUUUGGACUACAGCUAUGGAAGCCUGAUCGAUCCAAACCUCAUCUGAACGGAUGGAGGUUUUUCAUCUCCUCCGACCUCUGGAAACAGUUUCAAAGAGAACUGCAGAAACACGGCAGUGAGUGUGUGUUUGUGUGUUACAACAUGUGAGUGUGUGUUGGUGUAUGAGUGUUUGUUUCGUGGUUGUUUCAACAUAAAGUCAAAUAAACUGAUGAAGAUGUUUUGGUA